AUGAGCGAGCAGUCAAAAUCAGAUAAUUCUCAAGAUUUUUCGGAUCCGAUGAAAGAAACAAAAGUUAAUGCAGAAGUUGCUGGUCAAAUGGGAUUUGAUCAUCUGAAAUUUCUCGGAAGCGGCAGCUUUGCUUCAGUAUCUCUCGUGAAGAAGAAGACACCCACCGCAUCGCAUCCGGUUGUUAUGAAGAGAGUCUCAUUGGAAAGCAACAGCGAAAUUGAAUUUGAUAUUCACAGAUCUUUAAGUGUUGAGAAACACCCACAUAUCAUCCGAAUGUUCUCAUGGACUGAAUGUGACCCUUACGCAGUGAUGCUCCUGGAAUUCGCCAAUAAUAAUGACCUUAGAGAACACAUCGAAAAAGGGGUGAAGUACGUUCAUGAUAAAUGGGUUUGUCACCGCGAUCUGAAACCGGAAAAUCUUCUUGUUUCAAACGGAAAACUCAAAAUCGGGGAUUUUGGAUUAGCGUGUACUUACAAAAACGAAUCCGGUCCAUUCAAAGUCCUGCCCGGUUACGGAACGGAAGAGACGUUUUCUCCGGAGAAUUUCGGACAGACGCCGGUCGACGGCCCCCCACUCGAUAUAUGGGCGAUGGGAAUCGUGCUCGUGGAUAUGUGCUGCAAUGACAUACCAUGGGACACAGCUCAACGGUCGGACCCGGAGUUCGACGGAUUUUGCCGAGACCCCCGCUGGAGUUGUGACGCAUUCGAGAGAAUUGAGAAAGAAAAAGAUCCACGUAUAAUGUGUCUCGUCCGAAAAAUGCUUCUUAUCGACGUCUCAAAACGGGUGACAAUGGACAAAAUCCUUGAAGACGAAUGGUUCCAAAAUGAUGGUGCACAGCGUGCCAAACCCCAAAUUCAUGUACCUGUCCAAGUUGCUCAAAAAAGAAAAACAUACGAGGAGAAAUUUAUGGAGGAAGUAAUGGCAUCACCGGCCAAACGGACAAGAGGACACAAAGACGUAUGCAUGUGUUGCCAAUGA